GAUUCGGCAUAACCUGUUGUGAACCCCUUGCAGCAAACGGGGAAGAUCUAGAUCAGUUAAUGAGAUGAAUCAUGAAUUAACGAGACGGAGUCAACUCGAGGGUUUUGGCGAAAUCCUGCACUUGACACCUCACACGUAGUUUGGGCCAUUGACAACAGGACUUGAGAUCAAAGGACACAUCCCAACCAUGCUCAGAGAUUCCUAUCAUCAACAAUUUUCAGCAUGUUUGGUAUUUUUACUUGUCUACUUGGCUUCACAUAAAGUAACGACAACUGAUCCUGCCUUUCAAAACUCCGACACUGCCGCAGCCUUCACAAAAGCAAACAAAGAAUUUACGUUGAAUCUCUUAAAGCAGUUACCAGCGGAAUCCAAUGUCUUCUACUCGCCCUUUAGUAUUGCUACGGCCCUCGCAAUGGUUCAGUUGGGAGCAGGAGCAGAAACACUUAAAGAAAUGAAUCAGGCUCUACAUUUUGGCACACUGGGUAAAGACAUUUACUCUGCAUUUGGCACGUAUUUAGAGUUUCUUUCGAAUUCUACUGGAAACAACACACUUAAUACAGCAAACAGAAUCUACCAAAGCACGAGGUUUACAGCAGAAGAAACAUUUCUCCAAAGUUGUAUCAAAUAUUUUAACGCCACGGUAGAAUCAGUGGAUUUUGCCCAGUCUGAAGUAGCAAGUGAUAAAAUUAAUUCCUGGGUUAGUCAGAAAACAGCAAACAAAAUCCAAGAUCUUAUUCCAGCAAAUGCACUAAGCAUUCAAACCUUAAUGGUUCUCGUAAAUGCUAUCUACUUCAAAGGAAUCUGGAACAGUAAGUUUGAAGUUAAGCACACGAAAGAAAUGGAAUUUCGAAAUGGCAAAGUAAAGUUCAUGACGGACAUGAUGUACCAGAAGGAUUCUUUUAAGAUUUGCCAUGUUUCAGACUUGAACCUUGACAUCCUAGAACUUCCCUACGAGGGCGAAACCAUAAGUAUGUUAAUUCUUCUUCCUACCUCUGUAGAUGGUUUACCGGCUGUGGAGAAGAGUUUGACAGAGACUGUCCUUAGAAAUGCAAUGAGCACUCUAAGAAAACAAGAAGUUAAAGUGUACCUUCCAAAAUUCAAAAUGGAGUCUGCCUUUCAGUUGAAGUCUUACCUUUCUGCAUUGGGUAUGUCAUCAGCAUUUGACCAAAGAAGAGCGAAUUUUUCAGGUAUAUACAGAGAUGAAGAGGUGUUCAUCAGCGAGGUUUUCCAUAAAGCAUUUGUCGAUGUCAACGAGGAAGGCACAGAGGCCGCUGCGGCCACGGGAGUCGUUAUUACUUUGACAUCAAUCCGAAUCCCUCUCGAGUUUCGAGCAGAUCACCCGUUUCUGUUUUUCAUUCGUGAUACUGUAAAUGACGUCAUACUAUUUGCCGGAAGAUUUAAUAAUCCCGUCGGUGUUAAAGGGAUUCGGAAUUCAAAUAGUGCGUGUAAUUUAUGCAAAAUGUCAAAUGGGAUUACAUGCGUGUUCGUACUGCUGAUAUAUGUUUUGAAGAGCAUGCUUUUCAAAUCAGAAUGAAAU